AUGGCAUCUUUUUCGCCUGAUAAUCGUGAUAUUCUUUGCUAUUUAGUGACCAAACAUUCAUGGAAAGGAAGAUACAAACGGAUAUUUUCAAUAGGUACACUGGCUAUCACUACUUACAAUCCAUCUACACUCGAAAUAACAAAUCAAUGGUUAUACGAUGAUUUCAUUGCUAUCAAGCCAUCACCUCAUUCAGCUCAAGGUCAAGAUGAAUUUAUCAUUCAUGUUCGUUCUAAACGAAGAAACGAUACUAUGCGCUUUUCAACGGAAUACACUCUCGAAAUAUUAACAGAAACACUUGUACAUAUGCCAAAAUUUUGUGACAAUCAACCCGAAAAGAAAGAUUUCAUUGGAUAUAAGCAUGACUCUUCGAAUCGCCGCAUACCAGUGCUAUUACGAGUAACAAGUCAUUCCCUGCAGAGGUUGAAUGAUAGCGGUGAAGUCAUAGCAUGGUUAAAAUAUAGAUUCAUGAAGUCGAUCAUAACAAUGCAGGAGUAUCAAAAUGGUUUUGUUAUUGAGAUGGGGGAACAACGGCGGCGGCACUUAUUCGUUUGUGACCAUUCUGACGAUCUUAUCUCAGCAAUACGACAAAUGACAGCUACUUAUCUGGGGAUUUCAAUUCCUUUUUCAAAAGAAGGAAUCACAUUAGAUCAAUUUAUGUUAACACGUCUGGGUCUAUACAGCCGUGAUGAACAUCUAACUUCGUAUGUUGAAUUCAAAGUUCAGAAGUUUACACCACGGCAUUUUCCUUCCGUUAAACGGUUGUUGUGUUUAAGUCGUACAUGCAUUAUUGAACGAGAUCUAGUGACCUAUGUAGCUGUUUGUGCACGACCUUUAAAAACGAUUAUUUUUAUCGUUCGUGAUGAGGAAGAUCCGCAAAAGUUUACCAUCCAUUAUGAUAAUAGCGAUGUUCGAACAUACACAUCACCCGAUCGAGAUUUGAUUCUCACUUCUUUAACUGAUGGAUCACGGGCUUCUGGAAACCAGUCUAUAUUUGUUACAUGUAUCAAUUAUGAACGUUUUUUACGAAUUUUACCUCACAAAUUUGUAUUGGAUGAAGAUGCUGAAUCACAAUGCAUGCGACAUAUCAUAUCUCCUCCACCUGGCCUAAAAAGAUAUGAUUUGAUUCGCCGCUUCAAUGCCAAUAUUCCGUACAAUGGACUCGUGUGUUCCACUUCUCAAGAAGGAUUUUUCACUGAAAACAAAUCGAAAACAAUCGUCAGUUGCUUAGAAUCUGUUCUAGGAGAAGAUUUUGGUGUUGAAACCAAAAAGUGUGAGGCACAAUUGCAAUGUUUGCAUCGACUUUUUGCAUCGAAAAGCGGCUUUCAAACAUUUACCGUUGAAUCAGGAGUUCGUUCAAAGUUGGGGGAUUUGGUAGUGCGAAUAUUGAAUAUAUCUAACGAAUGCCUUGAUUAUGCAGUGGUUGAAAUGCUCUGUGCGUUGAUGCAACCAAUGCAUCCUAAUUAUGAACUGAAGUUGGAGCAACUGAACAAGCAAUCCUUGCUUUCUAGUCCUCAGUUUGUGGAACAUUUGUUGGAUUUGAUCGUCAAGCAUACGGAGCACAAAACUGGUGCCCUUGUUAUUGCCAGUAUGCUCGAUUUUCUAACGUACGCAAUGUGUGCUCCAUAUAGUGAAACGACUCCUGGUUCUGUGUUCGAUUCAGUGCUUGAGAUGGUUGCUGAGCGUGGGUCAAGCUUUUAUAAGCUUUUUCAAUAUCCAUCAAUGACAAUUGUCAAGGGGGCAGGAAUGAUAAUGCGUGCAAUCAUUGAAGAAUCAACAGUAGAAAUUUCCAAGCGUAUGCAAAUGUUGUCGCUAACAGAAGGAGCAUUUUUGGGACAUCUUCAUCUGGCUUUACUCAGUGUUGGUCGAGAUCUUCGAGUGCUUGCUAAUAAACAGCUCAGUGGAUGUUUGCUUUCACUGUGGAUUGCUGGCAAUCAUGCUGCUGUCGAUCUGUUAUCUAGAUGUUUGCCUCGUGGAUUACUGGAAUAUUUGAAUUCACCUGAAAUGCCAACAGUUGAGGAAGCAGAUUAUUUGUUGACCCGCAAUAAUUUAGAAAUAGCGAGUGCAGAAUUUAAACAAAAUCAUCUUUUGGAUCAAGUUCAACAAAUACAGUUACAUCUGGAAGCGAAACUCGAUAGAUUGUUACAGCAUUGGAAUUUAGAGCAUAAAUUAUCGUUCCUGCAAAAAAAUGACGCAAUGUUUCUAACUCUUGCAUUGACAAUGAAUAUUUUUAUCAAUUUCUAUUGGGCUCAUAAUUCACAUUUCCAUCCAAAAAGUUCACCUGUUUUUAACUUUCAGGAUAAAUUACAAAAACCUGUCGUACUGCGUAAAAGACGUCAACGCGUAAAAAAUGAUAUUAAUUGGAAAAUGUUUUAUUUCCAGUUUUCUAAAGAUCAUUGUAAAGCAGAUUUGAUUUGGAAUGAGACAACACGCGAAGAAUUCCGUCGUUCGAUUGAAGAUGAAAUAAGAAUUUUGGGACAGGAAAAAGAAAUUUCUUUAACAAGCAAUCCAAUUUCAUGGAAUCACACUGAGUUCCAGGUUCGCUACCCAUCUCUGGCAGAAGAAGUUAGAAUCGGUGAUUAUUACUUGCGAAUAUUGUUGCAAGAAAGUGAUGCUACUGCUACACCGAUUCACAGCCCUGGAGACUUUUUCAAUAGCGUCUAUCAUCGCUUUUUACUGUCAGCAAAAAGUGAAAUGCGAUGCCUGUGUUUGAAAGCUAUGGCAGUAACAUAUGGGCGAUACCAUAGCAUUAUUGGGCCAUUUCUAGACUCCAAGUACAUUGUUACUAUGCUGUCGAAAUGCUUAAAUCCUCUUGAAAGAGAUCAUUUGGUAGUGUUUCUGAUAAGUAAAUUAGUACAGAACAAAGAUAAUGUACGCGAACUACUGUAUGCUGGUGUGUUACCAUUACUAACUGAUAUGGCAGUUCUCGCUCAUCUUCACACAACUCGAGCCAGAAUCCAUAAUCAAGUCCAGACAAAUGUUAUCGAGGCAGACGAAUCGGUUAAAAAUAAUGGUACAGAGGAGUGGUACUACACUGAUAAAGAAAACAAACGUCAAGGACCAGUAACUUUCAAUGAGAUGAAAAAACUUUAUGAUGAAAAGGUGAUUUUCGAGCGAACUCAAAUAUGGGCUCAGGGAUUGGAUCAGUGGGCCACUUUGUCAUCAGUUUCACAGUUUCGGUGGACAGUGUGCUGUGGAAUCGGUUUUAAUACAUUAUAUAAUUUUACUGAACUUUGCACAGUGAUUUUAGAUAUUUUCAUCCAGAUGUGCACAUUUUUCCCAUCAAGAGACGAAAACGAAUAUGUUGUAAGACCAAUGCCACAGGUGAAACGAAACUUAUCCGAACCAUUACUACUUUACCAAAUUGUACAGCUACUUCUUACAUAUGAUCCUGCGAUUGUUCAACGAGUCGCAUCUUUGCUAUUACAUGUUAUUGAGGAUAAUCCUUUUUUGCCAAGAUUAUACCUUUCGGGUGUGUUCUUCUUCAUUCUAAUGUAUACAGGUUCAAAUUUAUUGCCUAUAGCCAGAUUUCUUCAUUAUACACACAUGAAACAAGCGUUUCGAUCAGCAGUGGCAAAGUCAGACUUCGCUUCACAUAGUAUUUUAAGCCCUCUACUCCCUGAAGCAGCUAUUUUAUAUCUGGAACAGUAUGGGCCUGAAAAAUUUGCACAAACGUUUCUUGGGGAAUUCGAUAAUCCUGAAAUUAUAUGGAACAAUGAAAUGAGGCGACAUAUGAUUGAGCGUAUUGCUGUGCAUGUCAGUGAUUUUUCUAUUCGUCUUUCAUCAAACAUAAAAGCUCUGUAUCAGUAUUGUCCAAUUCCGGUUAUUAAUUAUCCACAAUUGGAAGGAGAGUUAUUCUGUCAUUUAUAUUAUCUACGACUUCUUUGCAAUGCUGAACGUUUCCCAAAUUGGCCGAUACGCGAUCCGGUUAUUUUUUUGCGUUCGUGUUUAACAACGUGGUUAAAUGAAAUUGAUAAAAGGCCUCCUGAAAUGUCACUGGAGCAGGCAUGUGUGGUUCUUCAACUUUCGAAUCAUGAUUCUGCAUGGAAGGAUAAAGGAGCAGUUCGUAGAGCUUACUUUAAACUUGCACAGAAAUAUCACCCAGAUAAAAAUCCCGAAGGAAGAGAAGAAUUUGAGCACAUAACAGCUGCUUACGAAUUGUUAUCAUCAAAUGUGCAUCAUUCUAUUUCACCGGAUUUGCAGCACAUUAUUUUAUGUUUGCAAGCUCAGACCAUAGUUUACAGGCGAUAUUCUGAAGAACUUUCACCAUAUAAAUAUGCUGGCUAUGUUCAGCUGAUAAAAACCAUUAAUUUGGAAUCAAAAGAUGAUGCUUUAUUUGCGGAAGGUGGUGGACAAUUACUUGGCGCAGCCGUAGAAUUGUGCCGUUAUACACUGAUGAGUUCAUCUUUGAAUGCUGAGCAGCUAAGGCGUGAUGCUGGUUUAGAAGCCCUGCAGUCAGCAUUUGAACGAUGUGUGCCAAUGGUUAAUUUCAGUUCAAAAGAGGAAGAUAUAGUAGUGCAGAUUUGUAUUGAGUCGUUAUGCUGUUUUGGAACAGCGGCUCAAUUUGAUGCUUGCAGCGAAAAAAUUUCGGAAAUGCCUAAUUUAUCCAGUUGUGUUUGUAGGCUACUACAGUUUCACCAUCUUACUCGACUUGCUUGUGCUUCUGCUGAGUGCAUUUGUUCAUUUUCUUCGUGUACAAUACUUCAAAUGCAACUCUUUCAAGCGGGUGUGAUGUGGCAGCUCAUUCCACACCUUUUUCAUUACGACUACACUUUGGAUGAAGGAGGCCAAUUUUUUGUGGAACACAAUGAAAAUACAAACAAACAGUCGUUACGUAAUAAAUUAGCUCGGUCUGCGUGCGAAGCGUUGGCAUGUUUAGCGGGAUAUAGAAGAAGAACACCAGAUAAUGAUGGUGUGCAGAGAAGUCUUCGUGCAAUGCUUACACCUUAUGUAUGUCUACUCAUGCAACGCUUAGAAGACAACGAUCAGAUUCUGAAAAUCUUGAAUAGCAAUACAGAAAAUCCAUACCUCAUAUGGGAUAAUGGCAUUCGGAAUGAAUUACUGGAAUUUGUUGAGCACCAUCGAACUUCAGCUACAAAUACGAGUGAUUUAUAUGGAGGAGAAUUCAAACUUUCUAUUCAUGAAAAAGAAUUGAUUGUAGGCGAAAUAUUUGUACGCAUUUUCAAUGAACAGCCAAAUUUCAAAUUGCAUGAGCCGAAAAAAUUUUGCGUGGAUUUAUUGGAUUUCUUGCAUGAAAAACAUAAUUGUAUUAUUAAAAACGAGGAAGAAAACCGUGAAAAAGAGAUAAAUGGUGAAAUGAAUUGGUAUAAGCAGUCAACAACUAAUGAAUGUGAUGACAUUUUCCGACACAUUGCUAUGUGUUUACAGGCACUUAGAAAUUUACUUGUUUCAAACACAGGUGUGGAAAUAUUAUUAAUUGGACACUAUAAGAUCCUAUUUUCCUUCCUUAAAUUCAGAAAAUUUUUAUUGAUACAAGAAAUGGCCUUGAAGGUGAUAUCUUUUGGUUCAGGAAAUCGAGAAUGCGUCGUAGACAUUGCAGGAUCGUCACAACUACCUCCUCUGUUUUCGUUAAUCUUACAAAAUCAGAGUUGUAAGUUUCACUUAUUGCUGUUGCAGCUUCAAAAUGGUAUUAUAAUAUAUAUAUAUAUAUAUAUAUUAUAAUA